AAAAAAAUAGGGAACCACAGUGACGAGUCGCAUUCCGCAGUCAGCCGAGUUACCCACGAGAUGGCUUCCGGCUGGCGCCACAAAAGCUCCAAGCCCUCCUUGGACCCGUGGGGACCUCCAUCACCUCCUCCACUACUAGACGAGACCGCUCCGAAGGUCACCAAGCGCUCACACUUCUCACGCCGCAGCACUCGGGCCAAGAGCCAAGCGCAACAGCAAGCGCAGAACAUCGAGCUCGAAGUCGAAGAAUUGGCCGAGCAGUACGAACACGAAAAGCGUCGCAGCCUCUUGGCCUCCAUGUUUGGAACACGCACACUAUCACGCUCGUUGCGCUCGAUAUCAGACGCCACGGAGGCGCCGCAGACGCUCGUACAGCGAGAAAAAGGUUUCCGACUGGUGCGUCAUGGCUCCGAUCCGCUCCUAAAUGACUCAUUUUACGCCACUCAAGUGCAAGUUGGCAACUUCGUCAAGAUGGGCUGGCUCACCAAGCAGGGUCACAUGUGGAAGAGCUGGAAGACGCGCUUCUUCGUGCUUUUCUCCGAUGGAACCUUCGCGUAUUACAAGAACAAGGGCAGGAAGAAGAUUAAAGGUUGCAUGCAACUCAACGAUGGAGUGGUGUCCGUGCAGCACGUGGACAUUCGGGUGGCUGGUAAAGCGUAUGUGUUCCAGAUCCAGAAAGGUUUCUACAAAUUAUUGUGCUAUUGCUGCAGUCAGUUUGAAGCCGAGUUGUGGGUCGCUGCGUUGCGGUCAGUGAGGAGAGUGGCUCCACCCUGUUAUGAGAUGGAUCUGACCGCGACCGAAGAGAAGGCGGGGUCUAAUGCAGUUACCAGACACUUGAACAAAAUUUUUAUCACAGACAAAGCGGUGGCAAAGAGUUUGGUCCAGUUUAAGGAAAAUGAGCACGAUCACUCGUACGCGGCGAUCCACAAUUUUAUUGUGGAAUUAGACGACUCCAUCAUUGAUCGCCACCAUUUGGAGUUCUAUCAGGAUCCGGAGAUUGAAUUAUUGCCGGGUAAUGAGCUCGUACGGCUGAUUCGUCGACAUGUCGAAGACCGCGUGUUUAUUCCGUUGUACGCGGAAGCAUACGCGAGCUUAGAGACUGACAAGAUGAAGUCAAGACGCAGUAACUUGGAGCAGAACGUCAAGGUGUUGAAGCAGAAACCGCAGGCGGAUUUUGGUAUCUCGAAGGACCUGUCGGUGUGUAACUGGAAGCAAGCGAUCAGUGUGAUCAAUAUGCUCGAUUGUGUGUCACUCCCGACGCACAAGUUUGAGGUCAUUUUAUCAGCUGGAAAGGCCAUUACAGAGGAGAUUGCGCAGUAUAACGGCGAGCUCUUCGAGGUCACAGACGAAGCGUUGACGGCGGUUUUCCGGUAUGUGGUUACGAUGUCGUCGCUAAACGAUUUACCAAUUCUUCGCGCGCUGCUAAAGUAUGGAUAUCAGCACCACCCAGCAUGUCAAAACAAGGCGACCGUCGUGACUGCUUUUCUCGAUGCGAUUAAAUGGGUCGAGUGCUUUGAGACAGGAGACGAAAGCUACCAGUUUGAUUCGAUGGCACUCGCAGGAUCUCGAGUUUCUGUAUCCAUCUCGACAAACGAUGUUGGGAUUCAAUUCACGACGGACGGAAACGGCCGAGGGGCCAUUGUGUAUAGCGUUCGGAAGUUAUCUCAAGCAGCUCUGAGUGCUGCCAUCGUGCCUGGACUGUCGCUGAUUGCGAUUAACCACGAACCAGUGAUUGGAAUGCCCUUCGACAAAAUCAUCCAACGCGUUCGAACUGCAGCAUUGCCGAAACAACUCACCUUCAUGACGGAGUUUUACUACUAUCAGCUGCUGUCACUGGACAUGGAGAUGUUCCGCUAUUUGAUGUGCAUUGCAGCUCGUCGAGGAGACUUGGAUUCGGCUGGAUGGCUGCGAUCAUCGACCGUGGAACUGAACACACUUUGCUCGUGGGAAAAAUCUCGAGGCAAGCAGAUUUUCGGAUUCAUUCCUGUAUCCGGCAAAGGAUCACCGCUUCAUGCUGCUGUACACAACGGACAACUGGGAAUGGUCAACUAUCUUCUCUCGAAAGGGGCAGAUGCCAAUCUCUGCAAUUAUAAAGGAAGACGACCACUACACGUCGUGAAGCAGUCGAUGGACAUGGCGCAAAUUAUUCAAAGUCUGAUUGAUGCUGGAGCUGAUAUCGAUGCAGCGGAGCAGCAUGGACUUACUCCAUUGAUGUUCAUGUGUUCCAGAGCGUCUCUCGAGGGCUCAGCAACGUUGUUGGCCCUUGGAGCAGAUGUCCACCGCGUGGCUUGGUCGAAUGGCUUUUCAGCUUUGGAGUUUGCAGUGAAGAGUGGGCGUACAGAACUUGUGGAGCUCUGCCUUUCGAAGGGGGCUAAUCCGAACUCACCGACGUUGGACGGGAACACCAGUCUGCAUUUGGCUGCUGCUCUAGCUCACACCGAUAUCAUUCUCCGCUUGUUGCAGGGUGGUGCAAACCCCAACUUUCAGAACAGAUAUGGACAGACUCCAGCGACAGUCCUGCUUGCGUCCGCUCCUACUGGAAAUGGCGGUGCCCGGAUCUUGUGUCUGGAGAUUUUGACGUGCGCUGGCUGUCGCCUUGAUCAACGAGAUCUAUUUGGCCGUCAGGCUUCUCACCUGGUAAACAUGUCGCGAGAUGCUCGUGUGGUUGGGUUACUGCAAAAGUUGGGCUCGCUUAAUCGGGGAGGCAAUGGCGUUGAUGUUGACAUCUUCGGCUGCACUUCUGCUGAUUAUACUGAUCGGAUCGAGGUAAACAAAACUGCGGGAUAUCUGUCCUCGCUAAUGCCUAACGACUCGUGGAAGAUUGGGGACAAGGAUGACCACGCUUCAAGAUCUGUACGCUCGAGUUCUAUCGACGAUUUGAUUCACGAGCUGGUUACUGGAGUGGAAGUAGAUUUGGUCGACGUGGUGGCCUUUGUGCUGUUCCUGGACACUUUUUCAAGCCUGAACGAAGUGGUGGAUCGCCUGAGCGAACGUGCCUGGAAUGGUAUUAAGAGUCACGGACUCAUCCGUUUCUUCAUUAUGAUAUUGCUGUUUAGGCAGUCAGAAACGAAGGAGACAGACGACCUGCGCGAUCGUUUCUACAGUUUCAUCAGUCACAAUAUCGACAUUUCGAAAGAGAAACUGGUGCCUUUGAUUGAAGAAUGCACCACACUUUACAGGGAAUACUUUUCUCUGCGUGGGGCAGGAAAGUACGCACUGAGCUACGAAAUGAUCCCUGGAAUGAUGACUACGAUCUACGGGUUCGACUCUGGCAUCGAGCAUGCAUCCAGCGAGCCGUUCCCGAAGCAUUUGCACCGGUAUAUAGAUGCAGAGCAGUGGGCACAUCAAUGCACACUUUUGACGCAUGCGGUUUUUUGCAAGAUUCCAGUCCAAGAUUUUAUUUCGCCAGGAUCGAAGCGGCAGCAUUCCGUUGAGUUCACCAGCAUUAAACGAUGGUUCCAACACAUCUCUGCGUACGUCAUCAACGCUGUUCUGGUUCAGGAUACCCCCGAAGAACGUGCGGAAGUGAUUUCGUUUUACCUUAAGGCUGCGGAGUUUUGUAUGUCAUUACACAACCACGACACGCUGGCUUCGAUUUUGUACGCACUGCAAUCUACUGCGGUUCAGCGUCUUCGAAAGACGAUCGACUGUCUAAGUGUGACUGCGAAGAAAAAGAUGAAUGAGAUGCAACUACUCUCGGACAAAGGAUGCCGAGAGAUGAACCGACUUAUGCGCAAGACUGCGAACCCAAGUAUGCCUUACAUCGGACUGUAUCUUCAGGGCUUCGUCGGAUUGAACGAGUUGCCUGCGUUUGACAAGAACGGUCUGAUAAAUGCGAGUCGGCUUCGACGAAUGGGCGAGUUGUCAAUGGAGAUCUUGCAUCGGCAGUCUGUUGCUUACACUCUCCAGAACGACGAGGAUGUCGACAAACUGCUCCACGUUUCACUGCCGUAUUCCUCCGAAGAGAGUCGGUAUACUCGUUCACUGGAGCUGGAACCUCGCGAAGCAGAUGCGAUGCCAUUGAGCGAUCGUGGUUCGUGUGUUGUGGUUGAUGAUGAUCUCGAUCUGGAAAGUGAAGUGCGUGAAUCAAUUGGCGGCGACGGCACGUUCGGAUUCCGUCAGUGGAUUCGGAAGCAACAGGUGGUGCACCGGCACCGCUCACGGUCAUCGUUGAUUGCUUUGUACGAGUGGGUAUAGUUGUAGUGUUACGUGAGCUCCGUCGUUUUCUUUUUAUCUAUUGGUCGCGGAUUCUCGCCCAACAUUAAUAUAUUAGCGUAUUUAGUUCUCAGCGA